AUGGAGAAUGACGAACUUUCAAAGGCAAUUGCGAAAGCUCCCAAAAAUGCCAAAUAUACAAGUCAUGAUAUUCAAAAACAAAUACUUCACGUGUUUCCAGUGAGAUUGAAAAAUGCAAUUCGUGAAGAAAUUGGAGUUGCCAAGUAUUGCAUCAUUGUUAAUGAAGCCCGUGAUGAGUCAAAAAAAGAGCAAAUGUCUAUUGUGUUGCGGUUUGUGGACACUAAUGGAUUCAUUCAAGAACGUUUUUUUGGGUUUGUUCAUGUUUUCGAUACUGCAUCUUUGACUUUAAACAACGUCAUAUAUUCUGCUUUGGCUCAUUACAAUUUGGAUGUUCAAAAUAUUAAAGGUCAAGGUUACGAUGGGGCCAGUAAUAUGAUGGGUGAAUUCAAUGGAUUGCAAGCUUUGAUUAUGAAAGAUUUUAAUAUGGUUAGUGCUUCUUGCAAGCGUAAUGAUGAAUUGAAGAAAGCUCACGUGAAUGACAUUGCCCAUUUGAUUUCUAUUAAUGAACUCGAGACAGGGCCUGGACUUAAUCAGAUCGGCACUUUACAACGAGGUGCUGAUACACGUUGGAGUUCUCAUUUCAGAUCAUUAUCAAGUUUGAUCAGGAUGGUCAGUGCAGCAUGUAUGGUGUUGCUCAAAAUUAUGGAGGAUGGGCUUCCUUCCCAACGAGCUGAUGCGACAUCUGUUUAUGAUGAAAUGACUUCGUUCGAUUUUUUAUUUAUCUUGCAUCUAACGAGUGAGAUUAUGGGAAUCACGGGUUUUCUUUGCCAGACUUUACAAAGGAAGUCUCAAGACAUUUCGAAUGCAAUGGAGCUUGUGUCAUCUACAAAAAGAUUACUACAAGAGUUAAGGGAUGACAAGUAG